AUGGUUCGGCUGAUCUAUCUCUUUACCUUCAUUUUCUCCUUUCUAACUCUUUCAUAUGCCGAUGACUCUGCAGUCAUGGCCAAGCUCCUAACCUCUUUCGACACCGCCCCAAGCGGCUGGUCUGCCACCACAGACUACUGCAUGUGGAAAAACGUCAACUGCGACGGAAGCAACCGUGUCACCUUCAUCGACUUAGCUUCCCAGUCUCUCACAGGCAUUCUUCCUUCUGAUCUUGGCACUCUCACCCAACUCACCACUCUUUCUCUACGAGGCAACUCUCUCUCUGGACCUCUCCCCUCCCUUGCCAACCUCACUUCUCUCCAAAAACUCUACCUUGACAACAACAAUUUCACCUCCGUUCCUUCAGGUUUCUUCCAAGGACUCACAAGCUUACAAAUCUUAACCUUGAGCCAAAACCUUGGUCUUGCACCUUGGACCAUCUCCACCGAGUUGACUCAGGCCACUAGUUUAGUCACUUUCUAUGCUAGCAAUGCAAACAUUAUUGGGUCUUUACCAGAGAUCUUUGGUUCCUUCCCGAGUCUUAAGGAUCUCCGACUUUCUUACAAUAAUCUCACUGGCACUUUACCUAAAUCCUUCGGAGGAUCAGGGAUCCAAAACCUCUGGCUCAACAACCAGCAAAAUGGCUUGUCCGGAACCAUCGACGUGUUGUCUUCGAUGACACAGUUGUCCCAAGUGUGGCUACUCAAGAACCAGUUCACUGGUCCCAUCCCAGACUUGUCAAACUGUACAAGUUUGUUUGAUCUUCAACUCAGAGACAACCAGUUUACAGGCCUCAUCCCAGCCUCACUGAUGUCAAUUCCCACAUUGAGAAACGUUUCCUUGGAUAACAAUGUCCUCCAAGGGCCUUACCCACAGUUCCCAUCUAGCGUGACUACUCACACUCUGGAUGGUAUCAAUAGCUUCUGUAAAAACACCCUAGGUCCUUGUGAUCCCCAAGUGACCACAUUGCUCGAAAUCGCUUCGGCAUUUGGGUAUCCAAUCAAGCUAGCCAAUUCUUGGACAGGUAACGAUGCUUGUACUAGCUGGACUUUCAUUAUCUGCGAUUCACAGGGGAAUAUUAUCACUAUCAAUUUCGCUAAGCAGCAAUUCGUUGGGACGAUCUCGCCUGUCUUUGCAGAACUCUCAUCGUUGAGGAAUUUGUAUCUGAAUGAUAACAAUUUGACGGGUUCCAUUCCGGAUGCUUUGACCAACAUGACAAGCCUUCAGGUUCUUGACAUUUCAAACAAUAACCUUACUGGGUUGAUACCGAAAUUUGGAGAUUCCGUGAAGCUAACUGCGACCGGUAAUCCUUUGAUUUGGAAGAAUGCUCCGAGCUCUGGAAGUGGAGGGAGUUCUCCGUCAGGUUCAAAUGGCACAUCGCCCAGUGGGAAUCCGGCUGGAAUGGGGUCGAGUGGUACUUCCAGUGGGAGUUCUCCUUUGAUUGCUAGUAUAGUUAUUGCUGUGAUCAUAUUUCUUGUGGUCAUGUUAUCGGUCUCGAUUAGAUGUUAUGUUAGUAGAAGGCACAGGCGACCAACAAUUUCAUUGAAGAUUGAAGUAGCGGAGAAUCCUGAAAGUAGAAGUACAAGUGUACGGAAUAUUGAAAUUUCGAUUGAAGUUCUAAAACAGGCGACCAACAAUUUCAAUGAAGAUAACAUUUUGGGUAGGGGAGGUUUUGGAGUUGUCUACAAAGGAGAAUACCAUGAUGGGACCAAGGUUGCUGUGAAAAGGAUGGAAUCUGCUGCAAUGGGUAGCAAAGGAAUCAAUGAAUUUCAGGCGGAGAUUUCAGUCCUUAAUAAAGUGAGGCAUAGACAUUUGGUUUCUCUUUUAGGAUGUUGUAUCAAUGAGAACGAGAGACUUUUGGUAUAUGAGUACAUGCCACAGGGGUCGUUAACACAACGUUUGUUUGAUUUGGGUGAGAAAUUGUGUUCUCCUCUUACUUGGAAGCAGAGGAUUCAAAUAGCAAUGGAUGUGGCACGCGGAAUGGAAUACUUGCAUAGUUUAGCACCACAAAUUUUCAUUCAUAGAGAUUUAAAACCUUCCAACAUACUUCUUGGAAAUGAUAUGAGGGCCAAGGUUGCAGAUUUUGGUUUAGUUAAAAUUGCGCCUGAUGGGAAGAACUCUGUAACAACGCGAUUAGCUGGGACAUUUGGUUAUCUUGCGCCAGAAUAUGGAGCUACAGGAAGAGUGACCACCAAAGCGGAUGUAUAUGCAUUUGGAGUGGUUUUGAUGCAGCUGAUUACCGGUAGAAAAGCAGUAGAUGAUACUUUGCCAAAUGAGAACCCUCAUCUGGUCACAUGGUUUUGUAAGAUUCUAAACAAAAAGGAGCGCAUCCCUAUGGCCAUUGAUCAAACUAUUAACCUUGAUGAGGAUACCAUGGAGAGCAUAUACAGAGUGGCUGAGCUUGCAGGACAUUGCACUACUCACCAGCCAUACCAAAGGCCGAAUAUGGGGCAUGUAGUCAACAUCUUAAGUCCUCUUGUAGAGAAGUGGAAACCAACAUGUCAUAAAUUAGAGCACAAAUUUCCCACUUUUCAUGGAGUAGAGGACAUCUAUGGCUUUGACCAAGACAUGAGCCUUCCUUUGCAAAGAUGGCAAACGAUGUAGAACCAACAACUCUAGGAUCUAAGCAUCUAUAAACAUGUUAAAUUCUUUG